GCACGCUCCGCCUCCUCCCCCCCCUCCGCACGUUCCUCCCCCUCGCCCUGCGAUACGCCGAGCGCUCAUCAUCCGAGGACUUUGGCCCAGAGUAACCCCGCUUGCGUGACCUUUCCCCUCCAUUCCGCGCCUCCCGCGAGCCGGCGAGGCAGGGCGGCCGUUGAGUUCUCGUUCCCCUCCCCCUCCCUCUGUCCCUCUCUCCAGCCCUCUCCCCCCGCCCCCCUUCCCCGACGGUGUUUCCAGACAUGGCGGCGUUCAGCAAGUCUAUCCCUCACAACUGCUAUGAAAUCGGCCACACCUGGCACCCGUCCUGCGGGGUCUCCUUUCUCCAGAUCACCAGGGGCGCCUUGGAGGAGUCCUUGAAGAUUUAUGCGCCCCUGUACCUGAUUGCAGCGAUUCUCCGAAAACGAAAACUAGAGUAUUAUUUACACAAACUACUACCUGAGAUCAUACAAUCCGCUUCAUUUCUGACUGCUAAUGGAGCCUUAUAUAUGGCUUUCUUUUGCAUAUUAAGGAAGAUACUUGGAAAAUUCUACUCCUGGAGUCCUGGCUUUGGUGCUGCUUUACCGGCUUCUUAUGUGGCCAUUCUUAUUGAAAGAAAAAGCAGGAGAGGUCUGCUAACAAUUUAUAUGGCCAACUUGGCCACAGAAACAUUGUUUAGAAUGGGAGUAGCACGAGGAACCAUCACAACUUUAAGAAAUGGAGAAGUCCUUUUGUUCUGCAUCACAGCUGCUAUGUACAUGUUCUUUUUCAGGUGCAAGGAUGGCUUAAAAGGAUUCACUUUCUCUGCACUUAGAUUCAUUGUAGGGAAGGAAGAAAUUCCCACACAUUCAUAUUCACCAGAGGCAGCAUAUGCAAAAGUGGAACAAAAGAGAGAGAUGCAUGAGGAGAAAUCAAGAAGAAUGAACAUAAUUACUCUAGCCAGGAAACUUGUGGAUUCAAUAUGCAAGCAUGGACCAAGGCAUAGGUGUUGCAAACACUAUGAAGAUAACUGCAUAUCUUACUGCUUAAAAGGCUUCAUCAGAAUGUUUAGUGUUGGCUACCUGAUUCAGUGCUGCCUUCGAAUUCCCUCAGCAUUCAGGCAUUUAUUUACACAACCAUCCCGGCUACUUUCUCUCUUCUAUAACAAGGAAAACUUUCAACUGGGAGCUUUUCUUGGCUCUUUUGUCAGUAUAUAUAAGGGUACUAGUUGCUUCCUUCGCUGGGUGAGAAACCUGGAUGAUGAACUACAUGCAAUUAUAGCUGGAUUUUUGGCAGGUGUAUCAAUGAUGUUUUACAAAAGCACGACAAUCUCCAUGUAUUUGGCUUCCAAGCUUGUAGAGACCAUGUAUUUCAAAGGCAUCGAAGCAGGAAAAGUUCCUUAUUUCCCUCAUGCAGAUACCAUCAUAUACUCCAUCUCCACAGCAAUUUGUUUUCAGGCAGCUGUCAUGGAAGUUCAGACCUUGCGACCAUCUUACUGGAAAUUCCUUUUAAGGCUUACCAAGGGCAAGUUUGCAGUCAUGAACAGAAAAGUCCUUGAUGUGUUUGGUACCGAUGCAUCUAAGUACUUCCAGGAUUUCACACCACAGUUGGAUCCAAGAUAUACUACUGUGAUACCAGAUCUACCCAUGGAGCUUUCUUGAAGAUUAUUCCUUAUUAUGACUAAAUGUGAUUAUCAUUUUCAUCUGGAAAGUUAAUUGAGUUGGACAGAAAGGAGAGGCCCCAUGUUCCACUUCAGUGUUAUUUCAAUGAGAAAUGCUUUUUAUUGAUCAUAAAUACUGAAGCUUUUUAGGAAGGUGUUGCUUAAUAAUUAAGCUCCCUCCAUAGCCAGAAUAUGAUUGUGGAUCAUUGUAGUAUUUGACAGUAUGAUAGAGUCUUGAUUAAAUUAUGUCCUUGAGUAAUGGUAAAUGAUCUCAAAAGAAAUUAAAUGAUAUAAAAAUAUGCUUAAAAUGAUACUUUAAAAUAUAUCUUUAGUUCAUUCCACUAUAUUUCUUGGUGAGCCUAAGAAUAGUUCCAGAAUUUAUAAAGAUCAUGAGUACACAAAUUUGAUUUAUUAUAUUUUCGUUUAAGUUUUCAUUGGUAACUGUGGUGAUGAAUGCCCAAUAUUUAAAAUAAUUUCAAAAACUGCUACUUAGUCACUAAGUAAUUUAAAGGGAAACAAUGGCCAUUUUGUUUCAACAUUGCAGAGGUAUCUUUUAACAUCUGAUUAAAUAUGGCAGUAACAUCAUCUAUAAAGUUCUGUUGUUAACGCUGAUAACUUCACCUUUCCUGAUGAUAAGAUGGGCCAUUUGGCAGUCUAAUUAACACCUGAUCCAUCCACAUGGAAGAAAACCAUAGUUUGUCAAAUGGAAAUUGUCAUGUCUAAGAAAACUGAAAAUGCAGUGUUUAAAUAUUUACGGAAGCAUUGCAAGUGAACACUAAAGAAGUUACUUUUUUAAGUAGCAGCUUCUUGUAGAUUAAUUGCACUCACAUUUGUUAAUAAGGGUUAUAUUUCUUCAGAGCUUGGUUUUAAUGCCAUUGCUGUUCCAAAAGGGAUCAAAAUAUUGUGGAGCAGUCCUCUAAAAAAACCAGCUUAAGCAAAUUCCUAAAUCCAUGUUUGUUCAUGUUCAAAUAUGUCACAUAGGCAGCGAGUUGUUUUAUAUUGACAAUGACAGCUACUGACAACAUGAAAUGCCACUGAUAAUUAAAAAUCAGUUUAUUGACAA